CGGACAAACGCACAGCUGUCCAAGGACCGUAUGGAUGGAGUUUAUUAAAAUAAACCGCUAGACAGAGCAGCUCUUCAAGCUGCAGCCUUGCAGCAGCUUGUUUCAGCAGAAUGAGUCUCCCAGCCUUGCAAAACACCGGCGUGUUCUACCGAAGGAUCGUGUCACAGUUUCCGCAGGACAUCAGUUUAGCUUUCGCGUACGGAUCUGGCGUUUUCAAACAACAUGGAACCAGCCAAGGUCAAAUGGAGAGGAAUAUGCUGGACUUUGUGUUUGCGGUGGACGACCCGGUUACGUGGCACACCAUGAAUCUGCUCCAGAAUCGUAAACACUACUCCAUCCUCAAGCUGCUGGGGCCAAAUAAGAUCAGCUCCAUACAAAAUGACUACGGAGCUUCAGUUUACUACAACACACUGGUGCCGGUUGAUGGAAGGAUGAUUAAAUAUGGAGUGAUUAGUAUAGACUCACUGAUUGAUGACCUCAUGCACUGGAAGACUUUGUAUGUUGCUGGACGUCUUCACAAGCCGGUGAGGAUGUUGUUGCAGAGUGAGAAUGGGAAGCUUCGUGCUGCUCUGGUAUCCAAUCUGAAGAGCGCGGUAACGGCCUCCUUCCUCAUGCUGCCAGAGAGCUUCUCAGAGGAGGACCUUUUCCUGCAGAUUGCUGGGCUUUCUUAUGCUGGUGAUUUUCGGAUGGUGAUUGGAGAGGACAAAUCCAAGGUGGCCAAUAUCGUCAGAGACAACAUUCAGCACUUUAGGAUUCUUUACAGCAACAUCCUUCGGGACUGCCCUCAGGUGGUCUACAAACCUCCACAAGGAAAACUUGAGGUGGACAAAAGUCCUGAAGGCCAGUUCAUCCAGCUGAUGGCGCUGCCUCGAACCCUUCAGCAAAGGAUCACAAAGCUGGUGGAUCCUCCAGGGAAAAACCGGGAUGUGGAGGAGAUCCUGCUGCAGGUUGCUCAGGAUCCUGACUGUGGAGCUGUGGUGCAACAAGCUAUCUCAUCUAUUGUAAAAACCUCCAGCAUAACGCAGAGCAUCAAAGGCAUUGCUACAGCUGGCUUAUGGAAGACCGUGUCUUACAGCUCCAAAAAACUGAUGAAGAUGUGGAAAGGGUGGAGGAGGAAGCCUUCAGUCUCACAGAUGUCCUGAUGCAGAAUAUUCUGAAUUUAUCUCUUCUUAGUUAUAGAUAGCAAGAAUUGAUUAUUGAUUUUUCUGACCCCAAACAACUGUGACUUUAGCCAGUAAAGUUUAACCCUUGUAGGCCAUGUCUUCUAUCACUGUGUGCAUGGUGAGGACGUUUCUGCACUUUUUUUGUCCCACUAAAGCUCUCAUAGUUGAUGACUAAACCAGAGUCUAAGACUAAAAAUGUUUUAUAAAUGUACCUAUGGUCUUUGGAUAUUAUUGAGAGGCUUACAGGAAAGCUUUGGCAACAGAAAGGUCACUAAAGCUGCAGGAGCAUUGCUCUAAACAUUUACCUCCGGAAUAAGUUUGGUUUCAGCAAAGGAUUCCAUCUGUGUGUUUUAUUGUUUUCUAUGCAAGUGGAAGCUGCUUCGAUUUGAUGACACACAUUUAUGUCUUGUUCCUGAUAUCUCAGCCAAAGAAUCAUUGAACUUGUGUUUUAACUUUUUCACUGCAGUUUUUUUAUUAUUGUUUCUUUAAUAGGAAGCUGCCUCUACCGGUUAUACAUUGUUAACUGCAGAAUGACACAAAGUUUAUUUUUUAAAAUGUUUAUUAAACCCUUUUUGAAUACACAGUAACUAGUCGGC